UUUUUUUUUUUUUUUUUUUGCCCCCUUUCUUACUUACUUAGAUCAAAGAAGAGAGAAAAAUAAUAUGCAAUUAUAGUAGUUAAAGAAAAGGGGGUGGGGUGUUUUGAAAAUAAUCGGAAAUCGGAAAUCGGCGAUGGAGAUGCGGCGGUGGUGGUGGUGGGAUAUGAUGAUUGUGGCUGCGGCGGUGGUGCUGGUAAGUGGGUGUUUGGCUGAUGAUGUUGAUGAAUGGGGUCAAAGGGCACCGUAUCGGAUCCACACGCUCUUCUCCGUGGAGUGCCAGAACUACUUCGAUUGGCAGACCGUUGGUUUGAUGCACAGCUUCCAUAAAUCCCGACAACCCGGUCCUAUUACCCGGUUAUUGAGCUGUACCGACGACCAGAAGAAAGUUUACAGAGGCAUGAAUCUCGCUCCCACUUUCGAGGUUCCCUCUUGGAGCACUCAUCCCAAGACCCAUGACUGGUACCCAGCAAUUAACAAACCAGUAGGAGUUCUGUACUGGCUUCAACACAGUGAAGAUGCCCAGCAUGUGGACUGGGUUGUUAUUCUUGAUGCUGACAUGAUCAUUCGAGGUCCUAUCAUCCCUUGGGAACUCGGUGCUGAACUCGGCAGACCCUUUGCUGCCCAUUACGGCUACUUGGUUGGCUGCGAUAACAUCCUUGUCCGUUUGCAUACAAAGCAUCCUGAGCUCUGUGACAAAGUUGGCGGUCUUCUCGCCAUGCAUAUCGAAGAUCUCCGCGUCUUGGCCCCUCUCUGGCUUUCCAAAACUGAAGACGUUCGCCAAGAUACUGCUCACUGGACCACCAACAUUACCGGAGAUGUUUACGGCAAAGGUUGGAUCAGUGAGAUGUAUGGUUACUCCUUCGGUGCUGCUGAGGCAGGGCUUAAGCACAAGAUUAACGACGACUUGAUGAUAUAUCCCGGCUAUGUUCCACGAGAAGGUGUUGAGCCUGUUCUUCUGCAUUACGGUUUGCCUUUUUCCAUUGGGAACUGGUCUUUCACUAAACUUGACCACCACGAAGACAAUAUAGUCUAUGACUGCAACCGUCUCUUUCCCGAGCCUCCAUAUCCAAGAGAGGUGAAAAUGAUGGAACCUGAUCCGUUAAGGAACAUGAAGGAUAAUAAGACCAUCAAUCCACCACCAGUCGAUGAAUUCAAAGGAGCUUAUCCAAAGAUUCACACACUGUUUUCUACUGAGUGCACAACUUAUUUCGAUUGGCAAACAGUCGGCUUCAUGCACAGUUUCCGCCAGAGCGGCCAACCCGGAAAUGUCACUCGGCUUCUCAGUUGCACAGAUGAAGAUCUUAAAAACUAUAAAGGUCAUGACUUGGCCCCGACACAUUAUGUUCCUUCCAUGAGCAGACAUCCUCUAACAGGCGAUUGGUACCCGGCAAUUAACAAACCAGCAGCGGUUGUCCAUUGGCUUCACCACACAAACAUUGAUGCAGAGUACAUAGUAAUUCUUGAUGCUGACAUGAUCCUCCGAGGACCCAUCACUCCUUGGGAGUUUAAGGCAGCUCGAGGCCGACCAGUUUCAACUCCUUACGACUAUCUAAUUGGAUGUGAUAACGACCUUGCAAGACUGCACACGCGUAAUCCAGAGGCUUGUGAUAAAGUUGGUGGAGUCAUUAUGAUGCACAUAGAGGAUCUGCGGAAAUUCGCAAUGUACUGGUUGCUUAAAACACAGGAGGUUCGAGCAGACAAAGAACACUAUGGGAAAGAAUUAACUGGGGAUAUAUAUGAAUCCGGCUGGAUCAGCGAAAUGUACGGUUAUUCGUUUGGCGCUGCAGAGCUGAAUCUGCGGCAUAUCAUAAACAAAGACAUAUUGAUAUAUCCUGGUUAUAUUCCUGAACCUGGUGCUGACUAUCGAGUUUUCCAUUACGGUCUUGAGUUCAAAGUUGGAAAUUGGAGCUUCGACAAGGCGAAUUGGAGGAACACUGAUUUGAUCAACAAAUGCUGGGCAAAGUUUCCAGACCCGCCUAGCCUUUCGGCAGUCCAUGAAACAGACAAUGAUCUGCGGCAAAGAGACCUUCUCAGCAUUGAAUGUGGACAGAAGCUAAACGAAGCUCUGUUUCUGCAUCACAAGAGAAGAAACUGCCCUGAACCUGGAUCUGAAUCGACCGAGAAGAUAUCGGUUUCGAGGAAAGUUGGUAAAGUUGAAACGAAACAGUCCCAAGGAAGCGAUGAUACGAAAGAAUCAGAAACAACAGGGUCGUCAGAGUCUGAAGGGAGAUUCAGCACGUUGAAGUUAUGGGUGAUAGCUCUGUGGUUGAUCUCUGGUGUAGGGUUCCUAGUAGUGAUGCUAUUGGUGUUCUCUACUCGUAAAGUUAGAGGAACAACAAGAGGGAAAGGGUACAGAAACAAGAGACGAACAUCGUACUCGAACACGGGUUUCUUGGACACAAAAUGAUCGAGAAAGAGGAAGGGCUUACUUGAUUCAAGAGAGUGGAGGGCCGUUUCUGUUUUAGAAUAUGAGAGAGCAUUGUGUAGAUACAACUUAAACCAAAGAUAUAAAGAAAAAGGUGAGACAUUUUACUCUUUGGAUUUUCCCACCCAAAGUCAGUCAUAUAGGUUUAUUUUGUACUC